UACAUUUUGUAACUAUUUCUUAAAUUUCGUUCGAGAUGGAACUACUGAAAUGUUGUGUGUCCCUCGUUGUAAUUAUCUUGGUUACCAAUAUCCAUUAUUCAUUGUCACUAAGUCAAAAUGAGUGCAAUGAUCCGCAAAUUAUACAUAAAUUCACGGUAAUUGAUUACGAUUGGUCCAGCGAUGCGGCGCGUGAAGAUGCGAUUGAAAGCGAAGAAUACAUUCCUAACAAUAACAUUAUCUCUGGAAUGAAAGUCUAUGGUGACGAUGUUUACGUCACUGUUCCAAGAUGGCGGCUCGGCGUACCAGCGACCCUUAAUAAGAUUGCUGUUAAAAACGGGACGUCGGUAUUACAGGCGUUUCCUAGCUGGGACAUGCAAGAGCUGGGAAACUGUCACGCCUUGCAGUAUGUGGAAGGUAUGGAGAUUGAUCCGAACACGGGCUGGAUGUGGAUAAUUGAUACCGGAAGAAUCAACUUUCUGUCAACUGAUUGUACUGAAACAGAAAAUCUAUGUCCUGCUAAAAUUGUCGUGUAUGAUAUAAAUACAAUGGAGGAGGUCACUCGACAUGAAUUCCCAAAUGAGGUUGUGAAUCGUAAAACAAAUUUCCUAAAUGAUAUCGUUAUCCAAUAUAGCGACAAUGAGCCUCGAUUUGCCUACAUAUCCGAUACUUUUGACUUCCGGUUGGUAGUAUAUGACCGUAUACAGAACGUUUCACAUUUUCAUUCUCACCCAUCUAUGUUGCCGGAACCCGGAAACGGAAAUAUCACCAUCUUUGGGGAAAUAUUUGAGGUCGCUGCUGGUAUCAAUGGUAUCGCAAUGUCACAUGACAUGCAGUAUCUAUACUACGCUCCGGUUUCCGGUUACGCGUUGUAUCAGAUCCCCACAAGCGUGACCUCCAUCCCAGGGUCAGAUUUCGCGGGAUCCGUUCGGAAGGUUGGAAAUAGACCGUCCCAGACAGCUGGCAUGACUUAUAGCAGGAAAAACUUCCUCUACUUCGCGUCUCUUGCUGAAAACGCAAUCUACAGAUGGAACAUCGAAUAUGAUCAAUCGUUACAGGGGUUAGAUAAUUUCAAUGACGUGGAAAUGAGAACUCUAACAAAUUUCAUGUCUGACGACAAAUGUAUGAACUUCGUUGAUAUUUUUAACUUUGACACUGAGGGUUUCCUGUGGUUUUCUGUUAACAAAUUACACAAAUUUCAUUUGAAUUCCAUGGAUUUUACUGGCAGUAGUGGAGCUAACGUUCUCAUAUGGAAAAUCCACGUUGGAGAUGCUGGAUAUCUGGAUCGAAGGGAGGAAACCACAACGGCAAGCGUCGUCAUGGAAACAACGCCGAAUGUCAUUGAAACGACAACAGGUGGCGCUGGAGUUGUAACUACCCAAGGAUCAACAUUUUAUUUGUUCAGUGUAUUCUUACUGUACGUACUGUCAGCGUCAAAUUAACUUAUGUAGAUCCGAUACAAUUUAAAAUGCAUCGCGCUUUCGACACAGCAUUUAGCGAAUAUGUAUAUUAUUGUAUUUGGAACAGAAAGUAGAUAAGUCGAAUUCACUUAAAUGAUCCGUAUUGUCUGAAAAAGAAAUUAUGAUCAACCAAUAGUUUGGCUUUGUUGGUUCUUUAUGACCGAAAUGACGAUAUUUUUGUUGUUGAAUUAAAUAAAGUAGAACAUGCUAAAUAAUGUUACUAUGUAAUUGGAUUGUUUCAAUACAACAAAUCUAAAGUGAUAUAGUACUAAUGUUGGCGGUUAUUUUAGCCAGACACAUUUACCGUUUGAAUCUAUCUAUUGUUACAUGUACGAGUGUAGCUAGUGUUACUUUUGCGUGUGACUAUCGUUCCUCCCCUUCAGAUUGGGGAUUGAAAUGAGAAUAAACCUGCUGCUUCCGACAGUAUGUAGCAGGAGUAAACAACUGUGGAAACCCCCUGCAUUAUUGGGGACUUACUGUUGUGCCCUCAAAUGUUUGAUGGGGUUUAAGUGAUAACUGCUCUGAUUGAUGGUACAUGUAUAUAAGAGGAAAAAUACAUGAACUUUGCUGGCUGCUGAUAGGAGAAUCGAAACAGCAUAUCGCAUAAGGUGCAUUGUUGAAACACAAAUAAUAUCAAUAUUUAUAUAUAUAUGUAUAUAUAUAAUCUAUUUUGUUCAGUUUGUAAAUACAUUUCUAGUUUAGUAGUCUUUUUUAGCUUAAUAGGAAAUAUUUAACUGUAUGAAGCUUACAAGCUGACUAGUUUGAAGUAAUGAUAGAUUGAAGUACACAAUAGAGAGUUUGGGCUAAAACUACCAUUUCGUUGGCGAGAGAUUUAGCUAAAUUAGAACAGCGUACGUACUUACACAUUAACUGCUUAGAUCAAAUAGAACAGCGUUAAUACUUAACAUUUUUGAUAAAAUAUUGGAGACAUGUAUCAGUUCAUAUUCUAUCAUUACAUGUAUCAUACUUUUUAUUCUUAGUCAUAGCAAGAUGUUGGAAUUAAGGCGUUACCUUACAUGAAGUAUAUUCUUAAGUUACAUAUAGCCCGGAUGUAAGUCGAAUAAUGACGAAUACGAGUGGAAACGUCUUUGAUUCGUUCACCGUUACAUUAGAGAAACUGUAUUUUACAUGUUGUAUUUUUAUCCUUGUUUUCUUUUUCUUUUAUUAUUAUUUUACUAAAUCUUUUAAGACAAUUGGUUUUCUUUUUAUGAUAAUAUUUACUUGAAAAGAAAGUUAAUUUAAUCAACCAAGUACGUUUAUAUAAAGACGUCUACCCGGAAAAGGUUAACCGUAAACAGUGCUUCCAAUUAUGUGCAAUACAUUUUGUCUAGUUCCAGGUAAUAAUAAAAUAAUUUUAAAUGGAGCCAAGAAGGAGAGGAGGAAAGAAAGGGAGUGUAUAUUAAUGUAUGUCAAUAUAUUAACGGUAUAAAUCAAGACUGACCUACAUAAACCUCCCCACCCCCUACCGGUAUACCAGAGGAGGUCAAGGUAGAGUUUGAUUUAUAUACUUGUGAUUCUGAUGUGUAUCCUGUUUUAUAUGUUCAUACGUGUACAUAUACCUGUACAACCUGUAUUCAUUUCAGUUAUUAAAUCUACACCCAUUUAAA